CGAGCGGUGUGGUUUCAAUUCAUCGUCUUCGUCGUCGUCGCUUAGAGCAAUUUGUGAGGCGCCGCCUAUUCUUAAGCUACACGUGAUGGUUUGCGGUGGUGUCGUGGUCGCGAUCGCCGCCGAGUUUCCAUUCUAGUGUUGGUGUGUGACAUUUGCGUUUCUUCUUGGCGGUUGUGUGUUAGAAUCCUCGAAUAAACGAAGAAAGAAAAGAAAAAACUAUUUCGCAGUGGAUUGUGGCCCAGUUCUAGCUCUUCGAACGUGGAACUGAAGGAGAACCAGCCGCCCGAUCGACCGACCAGGAAGACUAGAGCUUGGUUCGUUCGAUUUUAUUUGUUGCGCGCGGGGAACCAGUUUUUUGCAAGCCUUCUUUUUAUUUCUCUCUUCUGUGCGCCACCACAAUCGAGCUAGGGCGGUGGGUCGCAGGCAACGAACGUCCCGAUUUUGCACCACUGCCGCGUAAUGGAAAGCAGCGAACAUUUGGUCCCCUUUUAUUGGAAGUGAUAAUUGAAUCGGUCAACAGGAUCGAUAAUUUACCUGCUGGUUUGCUAAAUAGUAAAAAAGUUGUGCAACUUUGGGCUUCUCCCCAGAAAAAAACCCACUUAAGGUCGGUCGGCCGAACAAAAGGCAGAAGAAGAAGGAGGAAGCACCGAAAAUUGAAAUUAAAUUGUAUUAAUUCUGAAAGUGAUAAACAAGUGUUUGGUGAUUGUGUGUGUUUUUUCCAUAAGUGACGUGAAGUUCCCCUUCACUAUUUUAGUGUCCCAGCCAAAUGAGCCAAAACAAAAUCCGACUGUGAAGUUGUGAAGAUAUUCAAGACGGGGUUCGCUGCUUCUAGCAGUUUAUUCAUAUUGAAGUCUCCUCGAAUCAUUUGAUUCGACCACUAAACGGGGGAAGCGGUUGGUGAGAUGAUGAAAGUCCAGCUGGAGGACCAGCGGUUGCUGUUGAGACGACGACGUCGUCGAAGAAGACAUCACGUUUUGAUGGAUGGUGGCGGGGGUGGAUCCCGUUCGCGUACUGCCGCUGUCAAUCGCAGUUGGCGGUUGUCCAACUCUACGCUGAUUGCGGCUGUUGUUGUUUGUGUAAUCGUCGCCAUUGGCAGCUGGGCCGGUGUCGGUUGUCAAGUUUGCGGACCCCCAGCGAUUCCGGCCAACGCCCGGGUACAUACACAACCGGCCGAUGGUGGCGGUCCUGGUUUCCGGUCGGCCAAGUACGAGUGCGAUUCCGGGUACGAGCUGUUCGGAUCGGAAACGAUCCGGUGCGACCCGGUCAAGGGUUGGGAUCGGGAGCUGCCGUUUUGUGGGACCAACGUGGCAUUCCGUAAGCCGGUCAAUCAAUCCUCCGCAACGCGAUCCGGCCCAGCCAGUUUAGCCAACGAUGGCAAACCGGGCAAUCAGAAUCCGGACGGGCAGGAGUGUUCGGAAACGCAGAAGGAAGCUUCACCCUGGUGGCGGGUGGAUUUACUUACACCGGAAGCUGUGCGGGUUGUGAGGAUCACCACUCGGGGGUGCUGCGGACAUCAACCGCUGCAGGAUCUGGAGAUUCGGGUUGGUAAUAGUAGUUCGGAUUUGCAGCGGAAUCCGCUUUGCGCCUGGUACCCCGGGACGAUGGAUGAGGGGAGUACGAAGAGUUUCACCUGUGCGCGGCCACUGAUCGGGCAGUUCGUGACGGUUCAGCUGGUCGGGGUGGAGAGUAGUUUGAGUCUGUGUGAGGUGGAGGUGUUUUCGAACGAUGAGUUUUCGCCGGAUCGAUGUGCGGCACCGAGCUUGAACGCGGAUACGGUUCUGACGACGUUCGCGAAGACCUGCUACGAGUUUCAUAUUACCCGAGGGGAGAGUUUCGAUAAGGCGCGACAGAUCUGUCAGUCGCAUGGCGGCGAUUUGAUUCACGAUUUUCGAGGAGCCACGACGGAUUUCAUCAUUUCCGAGCUGGAACGACGGAAGACGGACCUCCGGACGCAACUGGUGUGGAUCGGGGCACAGAAAGAGCCCGGUAUCACGGCUCGCACAUGGAAGUGGGUGAAUGGCGAUACCGUACUGAAGCCAACCUGGGGAAAAGAUCAACCGAACAACUACAAUGGCGAGCAAAACUGCGUGGUGCUGGACGGUGGCCGGAAUUGGCUGUGGAACGAUGUCGGUUGCAAUCUGGACUAUCUGAACUUUAUCUGUCAGCAUAAUCCGCUGAGCUGUGGAUCGCCGGAUGCACUGGUUAACACGACCAUCGUCGGGAAGAACUUUUCGAUUGGGGCUAACAUCAGUUACUCCUGUCCGGUUGGGCACUCGCUGAUCGGGGUGGCUCAGAGAUUCUGUCAGGAUUCGGGAUCGUGGAGUGGCCAACCGCCGACUUGCAAGUAUGUCGAUUGUGGUCGUCUGCCGAGUAUUGAUCACGGAGGCAUCUUCCUAUCGGAACAGCGAACCAGCUUCGGAGUUAAGGCUAGUUACACUUGUCACGAGAACUACACUCUGAUUGGUAACGAGAAUCGAACCUGCAUGGCUGAUGGUUGGUCCGGUACGGAGCCAAAAUGUUUGGUAGACUGGUGUCCGGAACCUCCGGCGAUUCAGGGUGGCAGCAUGAAGGUUUCUGGUCGUCGGGCUGGUUCUACCGCGAUCUACUCUUGCGACUAUGGUUUUGUUUUGAUCGGAGAACCGAUUCUGUCCUGUGGUCUGGGAGGUAAUUGGACGGGGAAAACGCCAGUUUGUCGAUUUGUGGACUGCGGAAUGCCGGCCCGACCGGAUCGCGGAAACAUGCUCUUGGUCAAUGAUUCUACCACCGUCGGUUCAAUUGUGCGAUACUUUUGCGAUGACGAUUACUGGCUGGUCGGGCCGCAGGAGCUGUUCUGCACCAAGGACGGCAAGUGGUCCGGUAGUGCACCGGCUUGUGAGCUGAUAACCUGCGAAACCCCGCACGUCCCGCCGGGAUCCUACGUCGUCGGUUACGAUUACAACAUCCAUUCUUCCAUCCAAUACCACUGCGAUCCGGGUCACAUCCUACGUGGUGACGAUACCCUUACCUGUUUGGAGUCCGGUCACUGGAGCGGUGACGCUCCGGAUUGUGAGUACGUUGACUGCGGACCACUGACACCGAUUCCGUUCGGUUCACAUCGCUAUCUACAGAAUACGACCUUCCUCGGUUCGGAAGUGAUGUAUUCCUGUUCAAACUCGCACCGACUGAGUGGAACAGCGAAGCGAGCCUGUCUGGAGAGUGGAUUGUGGAGUGAUGCGGCACCUCGCUGCGAGGAGAUACGUUGUCCGGAACCGACAUUCGCUGCGCACAGUAUUCUCAGCGUGACCGGUAAUGAUCGAAUGUACGGAAGAACGCUGAUCCGGACGUCGGAUGUGACGGCUAACAGCGUGCAGACGUACAAGAUUGGUGCGCUGGCUAAGUAUCGGUGCGAACGGGGUUACAAAAUUGUCGGUGAGCCGCUGAUAACCUGCGAGGAAAAUGGGCUGUGGAGCGGUCAAAUUCCGGAGUGUGUCUAUGUCGAUUGCGGCGUACCACCGACUACGGUCAAUGGACAUGUUACGCUAGCGACUAACGCCACCUACUACGGAGCGGCAGCACUGUACGAGUGUAACGGUAACUUCAAACUGGAUGGCGUAUCCCGACGGUUGUGUAUGGAGGACGGUAGCUGGAGUCACGAGACGCCGGCAUGUGUGGAAAUCACCUGCGAUGAACCGAACUUGGCUGACAAUCUGGUGGUGGAUUUCGGUAGCCGAAAGGUAGGUACAACGGCUAAGUUCGCGUGUACCCGGGGACGGUACAUGGUCGGCAAUGGCACCAGAACUUGUCAGCUGUCCGGGGUUUGGACCGGGCGGAAUCCUGCCUGCAAGUUAAUUGACUGCGGACGACCGGCCGACAUCGAAAACGGAAGAGUAAUUGUAGUGAACGAAUCCACGGUGUACGGAGGAUCAGCAGAGUACCACUGCAUCCCCCAUUACAACCGAAUCGGACCGUAUCUUCGCAAGUGCAUGGAUGAUGGAAAAUGGAGCGGUGAAGAGCCCCGUUGCGAAUUAAUCGUCAACGAUGCUCAGGAGACGAACAGUUUAGGAACCGGCAUCGCCAUCGGAGCCGCCAUCAUCGUCAUCCUACUCAUCCUAAUCGGAGUACUAUUUCUGCAUCGAAACAAAGCGCGUCCGGUGAAAAACACGGAAAACGUACAGGCGGCCGAGCAUAAAGACGAACAGAACGCAGCUGUCAUGUCGUAUUCUUCGCUAGAGAACGGCCGGCAUAACUUCGAUCUUCCAAACCGGGGUAAUCUGGUGACGUUUAACACGUUCCAGGCCGGAGGGGGCGCCAAUGGUGGCCAUCCACCGCCGCCCAGUAGACUUAACAACGGUAGCGCUAGUCCAAACAAUAACAAUAGCUUAGGCAGUAGUAGGCACAUGAACGGCGGGGGUGAAAACAUCUACGACCAGAUACCAAAUGAGCAGUUCUACGAUGCACCGUACGAGAUGCGAAAUAACGACGAGGUGUACGAGCCGGAACCGACCGCCAGGGGGAAUGUGAUUACCAUCAACGGAGUCAGCGUACGAUAGGAGCUGAAUUCUACAAACGUUCCUCGCGCUUAUUUUACCUAUUAAUCGUAACGACUUUGGUUAUUUAGUUUGUAUAUCGAAAGACUAAUACUAGGAAAAACCAAGACAAAAUUUUUAAACGUCAAAA